ACCUCGAGCCAGGCUUAGGGCGGAAGGGCUAGUUUGAUCGGCGUCCAUGGAAGCGCAUCAGCCUCCGCCAAUCCAGAGGGCCCUUGACAAGGUGGAUGAGAUUGUAGCUCGGCUGCAGCAGCUGCAGACCGCGAUCGAGGUCACCAGGAUGGCUGUUUCUUGCAAAAGCCCCAAAAGCGAUGGCGCGCGACUCCAAAGAGUUGGACUCGAUGACGAUGCGAUGGCGAAGCUAUCCAAUGCAGCUGAGUGGACGCAGUGGUCAGAAUCGGCUGAGUCUGUGCAUCGGGUACUCUCGGAUCUUCUCGCGGCUGCCAAGAACGCAAAGGAACUCUCUGGUGGGGUAUCGCAAGUGUUUGAAGCAAGGCGGGGUUCUGCAAGUAUACAGCGUGACAGGCGUCAUGCAGAUAGCCAAACCAAAGGGGAUGCCUCGGCUACUUUGCAUAGUGGAGUGGGCAUCCAGGAGUUCGACAAGAUUGAACAGCUUCAGACCUUCAACGCCCUGCCAGUAGCGUCACCGGCACCGGUACAGGCACCAGCACCAGCGGCGGCACCAUCCAUGAAGGUUACAAAGGUGAAACAAUCUCAGAAGAGUUGGAAGUUGUCGCAGAUGAAGUCCACACAGUCGAAUGCAGUUAUGUUUCCAAACCCUGCAUACGAGACGACAAGCCCGCCAAGCUCGAAGCAUUUCAGGGUAUUAGCUCCGUUCAAGCAUCCAGCUGCUAAGAAGACUGGAGUGGACAAAGCGCAGAAAGUGCCAUUGCUUCGUGGUAAGAAGGGACAGACAUCUCCUGUCAAGUCGCUUCCGGCACUGAUUGACCGCUUGCCCUCAAAGAACAAACCAGUUACUCGUCCACGGCUCGCGACGGAGACAGUCACUUAUUCCCUUGGUUCUCGGCUACCGGUUCCUCCAGCGCACUUUUCUCGUGGAGACAAGCACUCCGAGAUCGCUGCCACAGGCCAUAGCUGGAAGCAUAGUAAUCCGCGGCCUUUGAAGGUGUUAGAGGCAAGCAAGAAGACGUGCAAGGAUGCUACUCAGGAGAAGAGGCAAGGUGUUGGGCGUGGUCAACACUACUCUAAACUGUCCAAGAACGCGAGUAGAGCGAAGUCGACUUCACCCAAGCGGCGUAAGCACUCGGAGAAGGAAAACCUCCUUACUAGCAACACCAGUUUGAGGCGGAGUUGGUCCGCGGGCAACGGAUCCCUUGGAGCCAAAAACAACAACCCAGGGCAUUCCAUGCUAGAGCGUGCCAAAGGCUGGAUGCUCCGAAAGCAACAGGUUUGAACCAAAACUCGUCUUUCUGGAUUUGUACAAAAGCGUGUCCCGUGCUAUGAAAUGGUAACGUCGUCGACUUGAUCUACGAGCGCGCGAGAAUCAGCGAAGUUCAAGUACUGCUCCGACGUUUCCGGGAUAGCUGGCUUCUCAUGCAGCGUUCGGGAGAUCUUGCCGUACGACUUGGCGUACAAGUGCUGCAACGGAAAGGGGUAGAGUCUGAGCGGCACGCACACAAAGCGAGGAUGAAGACGCGAACCUGUGAUGCAUGGACGUGCCCGGUGUAUCCCGUGACAUGGUGCUUGCCUUCCAUCACUUGUCGAGUGUCAUCAAAGAUUUUCAACCUCACCCUGUAGUCGGGCCUCAGCUCAAACAUGGACGGCUGCAUGGAUCCCACAAGAGAAAUAAAGGAGCACGCUAUAUAAUCUUGCUUA